AUGCUGCAAUUUCAUUUCGCUCUACCCCUUCAUAAUCAUCUCCCCUUCUUCCUUCUCAUAUGCCUCCUACCGCUCACCACUCUGGCGGUAGACUUGGGACUCAAACAUAAUAGUGAUUGGCUUUUCCCUUCCCUCGCAGCUCGAAUUUACACAACCCAGAAGAGAGGAACAUUCUUUGGUUAUUCAGUGGCCGGUUAUGUAGCCCAGUCUCAAGCGUUUUGUCUCGUAGGUGCACCAAAAGCUCAAAAUACCUAUGACUUCUUGGAUCUCGAUCCGGCCGACACAUUCAGUCAGCAGGAUCCUCUUACCUCAUUGUUCGGCAACACCACGGGAUUAAUUUACCGACUGAAUUUGGACAUGGAUUACCCUGACUGCAGUAAAAUGCCAAUUGCAAACAAUAAUGAGGACAGGCGGCUUUACGGAAUGUUGGAGCCUGGAAUAUCUCAAUGGAUUGGUGGUUUGGUGGCAGCCACCAGCAACGGCGGAGACGGACUCCAACUCGGCUGUGAUCCGCGUUACCUCUACACCCCUUCCGCUCUCACCCUCUAUUCCAAGGCUUCCAGCGUUUCUGCUUCCUUACCUGGUUUGGAAAUGCAGAACGUGGGCACGGGCACUUGCGCCCUCUACACCGGAGUUUCCAUGCAGUACACUCCUAUUGACGCCUGCGUUAGCGCCGAGGAAGGCGCCUGUCUAUCUGGUUUUAGCGGUGCUCUCGAGUCAGGUUAUGAGCCUGGAGAAGCAUUCAUAGUUCUUGGAAUGCCUGGUUCCUACCUUACCGAGGGAAACGUCUUCUUCGGGCAUUACCAGGGUCAGCGGGUUAUAAAACAGCUGCGGCUAAAGAGCACACCGCAGGACCUCAAACACAAGGGCUUCAACUUGGGCUAUGCUGUCGGCCUGUACAAGCAUCACCGAUGGGAAAAUCAAACCACCAAUCCUUCCUUCAGUCAGUUCACUAUUCUCGCUUCGAGUCCCAUAUGGGUUGACAAUGACUAUCUGGGAGUGGUCAUGCUUCUAACUGAGGCGCUCAACCUAGACUCGAUCCAAUACAUCAAUGAUAAAUGGGGCCAUAUUGGCAGUUUCUUUGGAUAUAGCAUCGCGGCCGCUGAUUUGAAUGGCGACGGAAUCCCAGAAAUUAUAGUAGGAUCACCGUACUUCUCAGAAAACCAGAGAUUUAUCAAAUCCCAGCAAGGACCUGAAAACUUACAAGCCAUGCAGGCGGACCAGGCAAUGCAGGCGGACGAAGGAGAUAAUUCGGAAAACCGCUAUCGACCGAUAACUCCCGAUGUGGGUCGUGUGUACGUCUUCUAUGGCAAAUCACAGGAAGGAGUUAUGGGUGCAGGAUACACAGAAGGCGAAAGCGAAGUAGGUCAGCGCGGCCAUGGAGAGUACAUGCAUGAGCCGCCAGUGAUCUUGAGAGGUCCUCGACGCUCUGGAGGUCGAUUUGGUCACGUGGUUCUCUCAGUAGGAGACCUGGAUGGCGAUGGCAUAGAGGAUUUGGCCGUCUCCUGUCCCUUUUGUCAGGAUAUACGCAAAUCCGUGGAUAAGGGUGCCGUUUAUGUGUAUCUCGGGCGAAAGGAUGGCAAGAUCAAAGAUGAGCCUGACCAGGUAAUCCAUCCUGCUAAUUUGCCCACAAAGAGUGUUUUCGCCUGCGAAAGUUCCUUUGACGAUAAUUCGCCUCCAAAACAACCGUUCUCAGCUUUUGGAUGGAGCAUGGCGUCAAAGUCAGAUGUUGAUGGAAACAUGUCCCCCGACUUAGUUGUGGGGGACUAUGAGAGUGAACAGUCUCCUAUUCGGUCCCUCGAAAUCAAGGCCUUGAUUACUUUCCAGAUCGUGACGCUUCGGUCCAGAAAUCUAGUGUGGCUGGGACAGCCUCUAUGGAGGCUCCCAGAGGAUCCCACAUUGGAUUGGUCAGGUCCGCAGAACAGUCCCCUUGAAUCUCCCCAUUGUCACUACCGUGUUGCUCUCAGCCUCAGUCUCUACACUCGAGAAGCCUUUUUUUCCUCAAAACAUGCUGUUACCCUUCGCUUCCGCUACCGUAUAGAUUUGGAUAGUCGAAUAAAGCAGGAGAACGAAAAGCGUCUACAAUCUGUAAAAGUGGACAGCUCUGUGGUGGAAGACACAGUAGAGAUAAAGCUAUCCAACUUGAAGGGCCAAUCAGUAGGAUUUCGUCGCUUUCAGUUGUUCGAGUUGACUGUUAAACCACGUUGGCACCAGACAGCAAAACAAUUGUGGAAACCAGUCGUCAUUAACGUGACCGUUGAAAUGUUUUCCGAAAAUAUGAAUAUUGGAGCAAAUAAAGAUUUCAAAAUACCAAACUGGAGUCUCCACCCUUUAAAAGGGGAGCCCAUUUUCCUUAGCCAGCCUAUGUAUUUCUCAAACCCCGACUGCGGCUACGACGACAUUUGUGUACCCGACUUAAACAUCGAGGUAUACGAUACGUCAGUGGGAUUCGAAUUUGGCGCAGAGGGUCCAUCAACAAUUUACUAUAAGGAAAGAGUUAAUGAACGUAACUUUACAGUGGCGGUGAGGAAUUUGGGUGAAAAUGCCUACGACACGAAAGUGCGAGUCCACAUACCCGCCCACUUUGCCUACAUACCUGACAAAAACUACGCCUGCAAGAUCGAAUCCGAACUGACUGAGAUGGAGGAGGAAAGCAUGGAAGAGAAGACGGAAAACGAUGCUGAGGCGGAUAACAGUAAUGCAAAAAAUGGAGUCAACAAGUCGAAAAUUCCAAUAACAACGGUGGUUUGCAGCCUCGGCAACCCAUUUAUCUCUACUAGUCAACAGUGGGAAAAGAUUCGCUUUCAAUUGGGCACUUCGGGGGUGUUCCAACCCCUACCUGGAGGGGUCCGAACCCGGUCCCACGAGCCACUGAACAGUUCUCAGGUCAACGGAAAUGUCACCAACGCUGAGAUCACUGACCCCAUUUGGCAGCCCCCCAGAAGACUGGAAAUUGUUGCUGAAGUGACAAGCGACAACGAGAAUAUGCGUGAUCGAAAAGUGGUCGCGAAGUUCGCGUACAAUCUUAAACUCUUUGCUGACAUCAAGCUCUCUUCAUCCUCAGUGGGUCAUACAGUAUUUGAUCGGAGGAACUUCUCCUCACAAUUCACAGAGCGUCAGCGCGUGCACCCAGAAAGCAUUGGGCCUGAGUUUGAGCAGAUUUUCCUCGUGUCAAAUCUGGGGCCUUCACCCAUGGAGAACAUUUGGGUCAACUUGAGCGUGCCGCUUCAAACCGAAUCUGGCGACUUUCUGGUCUACCUACUAGACCUCAUCCGAACUCAAAACGUUGGCGGUGGGCCGCCUCUACAAAUUCCUUUUGUUCCUGACGUUGUCAGUGCUGACGGUCAGCUAAGAGGCACCUGCUACACUCCCGAGUCAGCGAUCAACCCAUUGCGUUUGACUGCAGUCGAUCGAAAACGCAGCGGAGGUCCGAAUGCUAGUAAAGGUCGCAACUUAGCACGACCCUUCCUCUAUCGAGAUCGACGCGACACAGAGAGGGCUUUAGACACUGCUUAUGAGCCAGCGGCACCGAUGCGUGAGGCGCGAUCCACCACCGGCGGGGACAUCCUGAGCGAGCGCAUACAACAGCAGAAAAUCGUGUCCUGCAAUCGCCCCCUCGAGAACCUUGGUUCACCUGUUUGCUUACAUAUUCCGUGCAAGAUCGACCGGCUUGGUCGAGGCGACGCAGUACGGAUAGUCUUCCGUGGAUGGGUGUGGGCUGACACCCUCUUUCGACACAAAUUUUCUGACAUCGCCAUCGUUACAACGGCAACUGCCCAAAUCCCCUUAUACGCCUUUGGCAUUCCAGUGGCGGGUAAUUUCAGCAUUACAAGUUUGACCGUCUCGCAAAACUUUGUUUUCGAGGGCAUUAAAAUGAUCAUCACCCAAACCAUCCCUAUCCUCCCCGUCAUUGUUGGCGUAGUAUUGGGCAUCCUUCUCUUAAUCAUCAUCAUUAUUAUUAUGUGGCGGUGUGGUUUCUUCAAACGCAAACGUCUCACGGACGAAGCGGCUGCAUCGGCAAAUGGUGCAACAUCUAAUGGGGAAACCGGUCACAAACCAGUUUGA